AUGUCCCGCAAAGGCGUCGGCAUCGGAGCCUUUGACCGCUCCCGCCUAACCUCAGCCCACUUCGCCUCUCACGGGUCCACGCUGCGGGCGUCCAACACGGAAGCUCUGUCGACGCAGCUCAGCGUCUUCCGCUCCCUCCUCCAGCAGUUUGCCCAGACGCACGCCAAGGACAUACGGUCCGACCCGGCCUUCCGCGCCCAAUUCUCCCGGAUGUGCACGGCCAUAGGUGUCGACCCCUUAGCCUCGUCAUCGUCGUCGUCGUCGUCGUCGGCCGCGGCGGGGCUCUGGGCCCAGCUCCUGGGCGGGACGGUCAACGACUUCUACUUCGAGCUGGCCGUCCGCGUGGUGGAGGUGUGCUCCCGCACCCGGGCCGAGAACGGCGGGCUCAUCGGCCUCCGGGAGCUGACGGAGCGCGUGUCGGCCGGCAGGAUGGAAGGCAGCGCCGCCAUAUCGGGCGACGACGUCCGCAGGGCCGUCGAGACCCUGGCGCCGCUCGGGGGCAGCUACGCCGUCGUCCGCGUCGGCAGGAAGGAUUACGUCCGCAGCGUGCCGAGGGAGCUCGGCACGGACCAGGCCGCCGUGCUCGAGGCCGCCCACGUCCUCGGCUACGUCAGCGUCGGCUUGCUCGUCGACAAUCUGGCCUGGGAGUCGGCAAGGUGCAGGACCGUCAUCGACGACCUCGUCUCCCAGGGCGUGCUGUGGGUCGAUAAGCAGACCGGCGGGGAGUGGCAGUACUGGUCGCCUAGCUUCAUGGUCGAGGGAUAA